AUGAACAACCACGCACUCUUCAUUGGCUCGUUCUUCCUCACCUUCACGACCCUCUUCGUAGGCUCGCGCUUUCUCAACGCCAGGCUCGAAGAAGCGGGCUACGACACCUCCAGAUUGAUUCUCAUCGGUCUUGAGCCAAAAGGUCACACCACCCCGGCAGGCAGCAACAUGGCGUUCUCCUCCACCACAACCGGAUACACCCACUUUGUGGCUUUGGCACUCGCUCUUGCUAGCAGCGCUUUCAUCUACCUCAAAUUUGCGUCGCCGAAACGAAAGCCAGUUCUUGACCCCAAAGUUUGGCAAGAAUUCACUUUGAAGGAGAAAAUUAUCGUGUCGCCGAAUACCGCCGUUUACCGCUUCGCCCUCCCUCGCCCCGAAGACGUCCUUGGUUUACCCAUUGGGCAGCACAUAUCCAUUUCUGCGGAAAUUAAUGGCAAGGAAAUCACCUACGAGAAGGGCAACAUCUCCCGCCAUGUGUCUCUCCUUAAAAUUGGCGACAAGGCACGAAUCCGUGGUCCCAAGGGCUUUUUCAAGUAUAUCCCGACCCUGGCGCGCGAGAUUGGCAUGAUUGCCGGUGGUACUGGCAUCACACCCAUGCUGCAAAUCAUCCGCGCGGCAUUGAAGAACCCUGCAGACAGGACUCGCUUGAGUCUUAUCUACGCCAAUGUUAACGCUGAGGACAUUCUUCUCAAGAAAGAACUCGAUGACCUCGUUAUUGCGCAUCCCGAUCGGUUCUCGGUAUACUACGUCCUCAACAAUCCGCCAGAAGGGUGGACCGGAGGCGUCGGCUUCGUCACGAAAGAACAGAUUGAAAAAUACUUGCCCCCCACCGCCGAGGACAUCAAGCUUCUCAUGUGUGGUCCUCCACCAAUGAUGACAGCGAUGAAGAAGCACCUUGCUGAAUUGAACUACACUGCACCCCGCACCGUCAGCAAACUCGAAGAUCAGGUCUUUGUGUUCUAA